CAUACCGUGUAGGUGGUGGUGGUGGCUAUUGCGGGUGCUAAACAGCACUGAAGUGACGGAGGAAAAAGUGAAACCACUCUGGGGAGGGGAGCAAUUAACUACUCUAUUUGCCAGAGCAUAUGUGGAACAUGCGCCGGCCUCGCUGCGCCCUAUCUAUGUUGCCUAUGCGCACGAAAGAAGACCUGCAAUAAACUCUCGCAUAACCACUGAUAAGAGCCGGGCUUUAUUGUUGUGUGUGUGUGUACUGGCCGUGUACCACCGCAAAACGGAAAGGAAAAGCCCGAAAGUCGACCAUAAAAUUCAUCCAAAGUGGGAUGGCACAUCAAGCGGCGUCGUGCAAACAUAAUAAAUGCGGCUCGGAGUGUUUUUUUUUUUGGUUUUCGGGACAACGGUAUUGGUUGUGCAUUCCGACGCAUCAUUCAUUCAUGUAGCGCAGGCAUUAGGCGGGGGAGGGGGGAGGCCCCUGUAUGUGCUGCACCCGUUACGGCUGAAUGCGAAUCCAACCAACGCCCUCUUUGGUCGGCGGGGCCGGGCAUGUUUAGAGGAACUAUUUUAAUGGAGGUGCACUCACAAAAAACCCUUUUAAAAGCGAAGGAAAAGGGGGGAAUGGUGAGCGGUGCAUGUACGCGUCUUAGAAGAGCAUUGUCUUUGGACGUUGUGCGCGCAAAAAUGCACAAACACUCACACAUAUAGGUAAUGUUUUGGGUUGUUAGUAUGUGUCUCCCGGGGUUUGAGGAAUGACUGAAACAAUCUGACUAAGCUAAGAAGCGGUUGCCCUAUCAAAAACAUUAAAACGCAUACACAGACACCCAUACGUGCAGCGAUGAAUGCAAUUUGUGUGCGUGUGCGGUGGUGGUGGUGGGGGUACGGUUGGGUGGGAAAAAGCAUCACCCGCUCGUUUCGGAAAAGCCAUUCGACGGUAGCCAUUCGAACGGAGCGGUAGUAAGUCGGUGGCCUGUGCUGGGGAUCUCGUCUCCGUGAAGUCGUGUGCGUCGAGUGAAUGCAAUCAGAUAAAGAAAAUUUGUUGAAGGAUUUGGUUUCGUCAAGUAAUCAGUUAUUUACCAGUUUUAUCAAUAAAAAAAUAAGGCCCUCACACGGGCCCAAUCAAAUCAACUCUUGCGAAACGAGCUGGUUGGAAAGAUUUGAACGGUGCGUGAGACGGCGAACAACACAGCAUGGUGUUCGAGUGCGAGCAGUAGCAGCAGCAGCAAGACAUCGUUUUUAAUCAAUUGGCACACACACAGUAGGCGGGCAAGCAAUUUGAUUAAUCGCGUUGCUAAGGGUGAAAGCUAGUAGUAGUACACUAGUUCCCGAUUGUGUUGUGUUGUGGAGAGCGAAAAAUGUUGUUAAGUGAAAAGUGUUGUACCUGGGCGUGUGAUGAAUUGGGAUGAGCCAGCGUGCGCAGAGAGACUGGCCAAAACGAACGACGCAAAUUGUGUGUGUGUGUGUGGGUGGUGCUACGUGAAGAAUUAACAACAGGCAAAUAGAUUUCUAGCAAUUUGGUGUAUAAGUUGAAAGCAACAUAAAAAAAGAAGAAGCAUGGUGAAGCCAGCGGCAAGAAUAGUGAUAAAGUUUCUAGAAUUACUCGGUUGUGUGGCGUGCGUUAUUACGAAGAUUAUCACCGACCAUGAGUCACGGCGUGUGUUUGUGCGAAACCAGAAGCUAUCGCGCGAAUGGAGCCUGAUACACAACAUCACCUGGAGCAGCGGUGGAAAUGCAUUUACCAACAUCGUCUACGGCGGAUACACGAUAGUCAUCGCACUAAUGUUAAUUACAAGAUGCGUCGAUGCCAAAUCACGUCCGACCUUGUUUGAGAAGAUCGUCCUUUCGCUCGGGACGCUAUUGUUUUUCGCUGCCGGUGGGCUGGUGUUUGCCUCGAUCGAUCAAGUCCAUCCGGAUCUGCACGACAAUGCGAUCAUACUCGGCUGUCUGUCCUUCUUCGUGGCGAUCCUGUUCGUUAUCGAUCUGGCCGAUCCACUCGCCCGGAUGACGGCGCACAUGACGCAGACGGAGGUGUCGUCGACCGCGCACGAUACACCCGACGCCCGGGCAGCAACGCUGAAGAAAGAUGUCUCCACCGAUACGACGGAGCCGACGGUGUUUGUUGUGUCCAAGCCGGAGCAACUCAACGGUCACCAUCAGCAUCAGCAUCCACCAUCCCAGCAGCAUAAUCAUCACCAUCACGAUCAUCAAGCGCCGCAUGAGUAUCGGGAGGAUUCACCACUCAACCGAAGCGCCGAAUCCAUCGUCGAGCGGAAGGUGUACCCGUCGGCUCAGGUGCCCGUGUUUGCUCACGUCCGUGCGCCCGAAGAAAGCCGUCGAAUUGCGGGGAAAGAAAUACAGUACCUUCCGCGGAACGAUUUUCGCGAUCGACGGAACUAUCGCGAUGCAGGACCGGCGAGCUACGCGACGAACCGGCCGCCAACGAACCAUUCGAACGGGCAUCCGGCGCGCCAUCACGCGACUGGUGCGUACCAUGACAAUGAUUCGUUCGUGGAGGACAUUCAACCGUCCCGCCGGAGCACCUACGUCCCGGCCGACAAGUUUGACCAGGAAGCGAUGCAGAUGAGCAGUGCACCAAUGCCAGCGAACAACCACUAUCGCACGAGACCGCCACCGCCUGCGAAACCGCUCAACAUCAUCCGAACACACUUUGGUUCGAAUCACAGCUCGCCAACCGGAUCGCAGCACAGUGCCGAAUGUAGAUGUUCGCAGCGCAGCACCAGCACGAGGAAACUGGACGACUCGGGGCGCGAUGAGUUCGAUUCGUCGUCUCCCAUUCGGCCCGGGUUUGUCGCUAAUGCGGCCAAAAAGUGGGACGAUCGGGCGCGCAGCAAAAGUCAACCGAUCGUCGGGCUAAACACGAUGGUGUGACGAGGCGAACGGAAGCGCUCCCUAUUUAAAUAGAUAAGUUCUCUUUAGCCGUAGAAAACUCUUCCAAACAGAGCCACUUCCCUCUCUCUAUAUUCUACAUUCUACUUUCGAAGGGUAGAGAAAUAAAGGCCAACAAGCGGAGAGAGUGUUUAGUUUGAUUUC